ACUGCACAAACCCUGCUGGCUGAGAGUGCUUCGUUGCGGUGCGGUUUCUUUACAUUGAUCAUUUUGCGUGUGUGUGUGUGUGUUGCAGACACAUCACUGAACUGUGUAGACUACGACGGAUACAAGUACAAGUAGGAAAGAGGAGAGGUCAAAGUGCAACAGAAGCGCAGAAGUAGGCAGCUUUUUCAAAAAAAGGGACUAACGCUUUGAAAAAACAUAGAUGAAGCCAGGAUUUAGGGAUCUGACCUGGAUUUUCUGAAGCGCAACAUGGAUUUUUGUAAAUAUUACUUAAUGGAGAUAUUUUUUUGUACUGACAGAGCAUAGGUGGCAAACAAAACUCCUAACCUGCACCGAAGGGACCAGUGGGUGAACAAAGAGGAUCAUCUUUUUUGGAGGCUCAUGCUUUCUGUAGUGAAAUGGAGACAGAGCCAUGUUGUGAAGAGCACAAGGACCCUGCAGUAAAGCCUACAGAUCCUGAGGUGAAAGAGGCAAUUUUUGGGCUUGUUGAUGGGGACAGUCUCAAUGUGCUGCCCUGUGCACCUGCAGAAGAAGGCAAGGAGCUGUGUGGGAGAGAACAGGCUGAAACUGAGAGAAGUGUUGGAGAGAAUAAAGGCACUGAGAUAAAAAGCCCCUCUGAUCUUGAGCAAGAGAGUGUGGAGCCAGAAUGCAAGGCAGUGAAGAAAUUCAAAAAAUCAAACAGUUGGAAGAUGGUAAGAUUUCAAGACCCAUCAACAGAAGAUGAAGUGCUGGAGAGGGACAGCUCCACAGAGAGUCUCUUUCCUGAAUAUGCCACACAGGAGUGGACUUCCACAAGUUUUGAGGAGCUGUUCAUGGCAGGAGAUUGGGAAGACAUUACAGAGGACCGACUUUUAAGGAAGAAGGUGCUGAAGCCUGGCACCCCACAGGGCCCACACCCCACCUGGGACCAGGAGGUUACUGUGAAGAUGCAGUGUGUCCUGGAGGACCGCACUGUGGUUGAAAAGGACUGCAAGCUUGUCUUUGUUAUCGGGGAGGGAGAUGUAAACCAGGCCUUGGAGGAGUGUGUCAUGUCCAUGCGAAAAGGAGAGCUCGCAUUACUGCUGGCAGAUUCACAGUAUGCCUAUGGACUUCUGGGAAGAGAGCCAGAUAUUCCAGCCUGGGCUCCUUUACUCUAUCAGCUGCAGCUGCUGGACUUCAGAGAGAAACCGGACCCAUUAACUCUGCCCGUUGCAGACCGCAUCCGCAUCGGCAACCAGAAACGGGAGACAGGGAAUUUUCAUUUUCAGAGGGAGGAAUAUAGUAUGGCUGCCCGAGCCUAUUGUGUGGCUCUGGAUGUGCUCACCACAUGCAGCAAAGAUGGUAGUGAUGCUGGCGUGAAGGAAGAGGAGGAGGAGGUGCGGGACUACCGAGUGAAGUGUUUGAACAACCUGGCGACCACUCAGCUCAAACUGGAGCAGUUUGAUGAGGCACUGAGAACCAGCCAGGACGUUCUGACCCUCGAGCCAAACAAUGUCAAGGCCCUCUUCAGGGCAGGAAAACUCCUGUCAGACAAGGGUGAAUACAAAGAGGCAAUGGAGGUGCUAAAAAAGGCCUUGAAACUGGAGCCAGCCACCAAGGCAAUACACAUUGAGUUAUCUAAACUUGUCAAAAGGCAGUCAGGAGGCAAAGAAACCCAAGAGUGGAAACCAAAACCCGCAGAAUUGCUUGGAGACAACAUUGCACCUUUCCUGAUCCCGUCUAAGAAGCAGCCAUCUGGAAUUUCCUGGAAGUUUAUACUCGGAGCUCUGGUGGUGGCUCUGGGCAGCUUGGUAACGUCAGUGAUUUUGACUGCAAGAAACUGAAACCCUCUGCAGGAAGUACUUUGAAAAAUCACCAUCUUCAUAUGCAGGAGCAGAGUUUGGUCUCCAGUCAUCAAAUACGUUUACGAGAAGAGUUUUCUGCUGCUGAUGCAACACUGCAGCAUCAGAGCCUGAACUUGGUUUUGUGUAAAACAGUUUUGUCUGAAAAAUGAAUAAUAAAGCUGAAUUCUCAGUAGGUUUCUGCUGAUCGAUAAGACAGAAGUUUCUCAACUUUCCAGUUCUGUCUGUUUUACUUGGAAAAGGGAGUACUUUUCUCUUUGUCAUAAAUAAUGAGCCCUGGAAAAUGUUCUGCUAUCACAGAUGUUUUAAAACAAAGUCAGUGGAUGUGGAACUUUUUACAAGCAGUUUUAUUUACUGAGUUCUGACAUAUUAAAGAAUCCUUCAAUAAGUACACUAGAUGAAGCUGCAAUACAGUAAUGCUUACAGUGAUGAUGAAAUUAAAUAAAAUGUUGAAAUGA